AUGACAACUCUCCAGCCAAGGCCUCCGUACACGGACGCCGAGCUCGCGGAGCUCUACCCUCCCCAGCUCCAGCUCCAGCUGGUCCAGAUUCUCCUCCGCCAUGGCGAACGCACGCCGGUCACCCCUCGUUUCACCAACACUGGCCUGCCUGCAUACUGGUCGUACUGCAACGCCGCGCGCCACCUGCGGAGCGCCAUCCUCGAGGACGACUCGGGCAAGUUUUCCUCCCUCGAGUGGAAGCGCCGCCUCGAGGCCUUCGGCCCCAAUGACCUCCCCGUCUUCGCCGCCGGCCCCAGCGGCGACCUAGACGCCGUCUGCGACAUGGGCAUGCUCACCGACCUGGGCCGCAGCACCACCACCGCCCUCGGCAGGCGCCUGCGCCACCUCUACAUCGACCGCCUCGGCUUCCUGCCGCCCAACCUCACCUCCUCCGAGUCCUUCUACUUCCGCACGACGCCCAUACCGCGCGCCCUCGAGUCCCUCCAGCAGACCAUCCACGGCCUGUACCCCUCCCACACUCGCUCGCCCGACCUGCCGCCCCUCACCAUCGUCGGCCGCGCCCCGGGCGAGGAGACCCUCUUCCCCAAUGACAGCAACUGCCGCCGCUUCGCCGCCCUCUCCCGCGCCUUCGCCCAGCGCACCGCCGACCGCUGGAACGGCUCGGACGAGAUGGCCUACCUGACCAAGAAGAUCGGCCGCUGGAUGCCCGAGGACAGCCCCAGGGUCGCCGUCGACUCCCAUCCCCGCCUCAGUGGCAUCAUGGACACCAUCAACGCCACCGACGCCCACGGCCCGGACACCAGGCUGCCCAAGGAGUUCUACGACCCGCGCGCUCGCCAGAUCAUCGAGGACAUCGCCGUCGAGGAGUGGUUCUCCGGCUACCGCGAGAGCCAGGAGUACCGCGCCCUCGGCAUCGGCGGCCUGCUGGGCGACAUCGUCACCCGCAUGGCCGGCAGCGCGGAGAACCCC